UUUGCUUACUACUUUGGAGGAGGGGACUAUUAUGCCACGUUGAUGGAGGGCAGUGUGGGGACGUGGAAUUGUAUCCAGUUUACAGCCGGCAGCGGUCCUCUUCGUUUGGUGACAUUUAAAUAAUCACAAAGGGACUCCAGCGAAGAAAAGUUGCAUGUCAUUUGUUUUUAUGUGUGUGUUUACGUUGUAAGAAGGAACAGACUUGGGAAAGAUGAAGCUCAAAGAGAUCAAUCGCACGGCGAUCCAGAGCUGGAGUCCUGCACAGCAACAUCCAGUGUACUUGGCAGCGGGUACUUCAGCCCAACAGCUAGAUGCCAGCUUUAGCACCAAUGCCUCGUUGGAGAUCUUUGAGCUGGACUUGGCCGAGCCCUCUCUGGACAUGAAGUCCUGUGGAACCUACUCCUCCUCUCAUAGAUAUCACAAACUGGUGUGGGGUCCCCAUGGGAUGGAAGGGAGUCACCCAUCUGGAGUCCUGAUCGCAGGGGGAGAAAAUGGGGACGUGAUCCUGUACGACCCUGCCAAGAUCGUAGCUGGGGACAGCGAUGUGAUCAUCACCCAGAGUAACAAGCACACGGGCCCCGUGAGAGCCUUGGACGUCAACUCCUUUCAGACAAACCUGGUUGCCUCAGGUGGGAAUGAAUCGGAAAUUUACAUCUGGGACCUGAAUAACUUUGGAUCUCCGAUGACUCCGGGACCUAAAACUCAGCCCCUGGAGGACAUCAGCUGUGUGGCGUGGAACCGACAGGUGCAACACAUCCUGGCCUCCGCCAGCCCCAGCGGACGAGCCUCCGUCUGGGACCUCCGCAAGAACGACCUCAUCAUCAAAGUUAGCGACCAUAGCAACAGGAUGCAUUGCUCCGGGUUGGCCUGGAACCCGGAAGUGGCCACGCAGCUAGUGCUGGCGUCAGAGGACGACCGCAUGCCUGUCAUUCAGAUGUGGGACUUGCGUUUCGCCACCUCUCCUUUCAAGAUCCUGGAGAACCACACGAGGGGUGUCCUUGCUAUUGCCUGGAGUUUGGCUGACCCUGAACUGCUUCUGAGUUGUGGAAAGGACAACAGGAUUCUGUGCUGGAACCCCAACACUGCUGAGGUUCUGUACGAGCUGCCCACCAGCACCCAGUGGUGCUUCGACAUCCAGUGGUGUCCCAGGAACCCUGCGGUGCUCUCGGCCGCAGCUUUUGACGGACACAUCGGCAUUUACUCCAUCAUGGGGGGCAGCAGCCAGGCCCAUACCCAGAGGCAGGCAGACCAGAUCACUUCCUCGUUUGGGAACAUGGAUCCGUUUGGGACGGGCCAGACAUUGCCCCCUCUUCAGAUGCCCCAGACCCCCGCUGCCCCUGUCACAAUCACCCCCCUGAAGAAGCCCCCGAAAUGGAUCCGUAGGCCUGUUGGUGCCUCCUUCGCUUUUGGUGGGAAGCUGGUGUCUUUGGAGAACCUGAAGCUAAACCCACAGCAACCACAGCAGACCACAGCACACUUGGUUCACGUCAGCCAGGUCGUCACAGAGACGGCCUUCUUAAAGAGGUCAGGCCAGCUACAGAUGACUCUCAGCUCCGGGAACUUUGUCGAUUUUUGUGAGGCGAAGAUCGCAGCAGCCCAGAACGAGUUUGAGAGAACAAUCUGGUCUUUCCUAAAGGUGAACUUUGAGGAUGAUGCUCGGGGUAAAUACUUGGAGCUUCUAGGCUACAAGAAGGAAGAACUAGCUUUAAAGAUAGCAGCAGCACUAGAAGAGAAACCUGUUCAGCCAGAGAAGCCUCCCUCUGCUGCUGCUGCUGUUACUGGACUCAGUCCUGAUCCUGGGCUCAACGCUGUUCCCCAAGUCAACCUCCACCCUCCUGUCCUACAAUCUGUUGAACUUCCCUCCCAACCUCCUGCACCAGAACUUGUAGUUGAAGUUCCAUCCCAACCUCCUGCACCAGAACCUGUCAUUGAAUUUGCCUCCCAACCUCCUGCACCAGAACCUGUUGUUGAAUUUGCCUCCCAACCUCCUGCACCAGAACCUGUCGUUGAAUUUGCCUCCCAACCUCCUGCACCAGAACCUGUUGUUGAAUUUGCCUCCCAACCUCCUGCACCAGAACCUGUUGUUGAAUUUGCCUCCCAACCUCCUGCACCAGAACCUGUUGUCAAAUUUCCCUCUGAAUUUCUGAUUGAGCCUGGUUUCCAGCUUGAUUCAAAUUAUGACCUCCUCCUCGCUAGUGACCUCACUGCUCCUGUGCUUGCCCCUCAUUCUGCUCCUCUCCUGGACCUCAGCAUUGACCCUGCGCUAGCGCCCGCUGCCCUUCUCCAAAUCCAGCCUGACCCUAGCCUCUCUACCCCCAGUCUCUGUGCCUCUGCUGAGCUGCUGUCUGUCACCGGGUUUGAUCUUGAACCUCCUGUGAAUCUGCAGCCACUUUCUCAGUUUGACCACAUUGACCUGCAGCAGCCUGCUUCUGUAUUCGAUCAGUUUGGCGUGACGCCUCAAGUUGACUUGCUACAGCCUGUGCCUCAGUUGGACCUCACUAAUUCAGUCAACUUACAGCCAGUUCCCGACUUCGACCCUGCGUCCUCCCUCGGUCUACAGCUAUUGCCUGAUUUUGAUCCCACACCAUCACUUAACCUGCAACCAGUAGCCGAGUUGGACCCGGCUCCCCCGAUCAGCCUGCCACCUUUAGUGGACUCCGGCCUCAACCUCUCAGCUGACCUCCCCCCCGAGGCAGCGUUCGACCUCAUUGCUGCAGCAAACCUGCAGCCAGCGGUGGAACCGGAAGAGACCCCGGCCCCAGAGGCUGAGGUUCCGGCAGGGUUGUUGGAGCCAGAAGUGGAUCCGGAAGGAGAGACCCCCGAGGCGAGUGACGGGGAGGUCCAGACUGAGCCCAGUGCUGUGGAGCCCCUCCAUGUGGAGGAGGAGAUCCCUCUGGAGGAGGAGGUGACGGCACCAGUGGAGGCAGCACCAGUGGAGGCAGCACCAGUGGAGGCAGAGAGCAGCCCAGCAGAGGAGACUGUGGAAGAAAUCACAGGCCCUGGCUCAGUAGAGGCAGGCAUCAACCUCAGAGUCAGUCAAGAUGUAGAUGGACUGAUCACCCAAGCUUUGCUGACCGGCGACUUUGAGGGGGCGGUGGAACUCUGUCUCCACGACAACCGCAUGGCCGACAGCAUCAUACUUGCCAUCGCUGGAGGGGCGGAGCUCCUGGAGAAGACGCAGAAAAAGUACUUCACCAAGACCCACAGCAAGAUCACCAAGCUGAUCAGCGCCGUGGUGACGAAGGACUGGCGUGACGUGCUGCAGACCUGCGACCUGCAGAGCUGGAAAGAAGCUCUGGCUGCAGUCAUGACCUACGCUCAGCCCGACGAGUUCUCCUCCCUCUGUGGUAUGAUGGGCUCCAGGUUGGAGGCAGCAGAGGAGGACCAGCUGCAGGCUCAGGCCUGCCUGUGUUACAUCUGCGCCGGUAACCUGGAGAAGCUGGUCUCCUGCUGGACUAAAGCUCAGGAUGGCCAAUGCCCGCUCUCCCUCCAGGACCUGGUGGAGAAGGUGGUGGUGCUGCGCCAGGCGGUGGAGCGAAGCCAGGGUUCUGGUUCCUCGGUGGUGGGCGCUCUGCUGGCUGAGAAGAUGAGUCAGUACUCCAGCCUCCUGGCCUCCCAGGGCAGCCUGGACACAGCCCUGGCCUACCUACCCGACAACACCAACCAGGCCGCCGUGCAGCAGCUUCGCGAACGCCUCAGUCGGGCCCUCGGCCAGCAGGCUACUGCUCCUCCAGCCCCGGCCCCAGCCCCGGCCCCGGCACAGCCCCCUGCUCCCCAGCAGACAGAAGCCCAUCCCAGGCAGACCUACAACCCUGGGCAGCCCCAGGUGCCCCAGCCCGCUCCAGCCCCAGUGCCCAGCGCUGGCCCCACCCAGUCUCAGUAUUACCAGCCGGCGAGGUCUGCGACUACUGUCACCUCCUGGAGUAACCAAACCCCCACAGGCUUCCCCAGUGCCCCUCCUCCUCCUCAACUAGCCCAUGCCUCAGACCAGAAGGUGGAGGCCGGCCAGCCCAGGUUUGGGAUGCAGGCCCCGGGAACAGCAGCUCCACCCCAGGCCUCUGCCGCCCCUCCAUCCUACAUGUACUCCCAGCAGUACCAGCCCUACCACCAGGUCAACCAGUUCCAACCUGGAGCUGGUGCACCAACUAUCUAUCAGCCUCUCCAAUACUCUGCUGCCCCUCUUCCCCCUGCCUCCUCCUGCUGCCCCCCUGCCCCCGCUCCAGGCUUCCGGGCUCAGUACAUGCAGCCCGGCCCCCCUCCGCCCGGCCCCCCUCCUCCGCGCUACCCCGGCCCCCCCGCGGGCCAGCCCCCCUCUCCUCACCCUCUCUCUCCCACGGCUUCUUCCGCCUUCUCUCCUCUGUCCUCCUCCUCCGGCGCUUCUUUCCAACAUGGCGGGCCUGGAUCGCCCUCCUCCUACAUGCCUCCUCCGCCACCGACAGGAUCCUCAGGUACACUGCCUGAGCCCGCCCCCGACCAGAUCCCGGCCUCUCAGAGAACAGGGCCCCAGAACGGCUGGAACGACCCCCCGGCGCUGAGCAGGGUGCCCAAGAAGAAGAAGGUUCCAGAGAACUACACCCCCCCUGCCCCCAUCACAGCCCCCAUCAUGUCCCCCCUCGGAGGGGACCCCCAGGCCCAGCAGGUCCCCGCCAUGCCCCCCCAGCCCGUGGUCCACGGCCAGCCGGGGCUCCAGGCCCCCUACCCAGGCAUGCAGCAACAGCAGCCCCUCCCCCACCAACCCAUGAACCCCGCCCUGCCCCAGACCAGCGUGGAAGGAGCCCCUGGAGCCCCCAUCGGAGACGUCAUACAGCCCCUGCAGUCCAUCCCUGCUGAGAAAAUCACUAAGAAGCCAAUCCCAGAUGAACACCUGGUCCUCAAGAGCACGUUUGAGGGCCUCAUCCAGAAGUGUUUGGCAGCUGCCAACGACCCUCAAACCAAGAGGAAACUCGACGAUGCCAACAAGCGCUUGGAGGCUCUCUACGACAAGCUGAGAGAGCAGACUCUCUCGCCAGCCAUUGUAGGUGGACUGCACAACAUGGUGAGGAGCAUCGAGGCUCGGUCUUACACGGAGGGCCUGGGCAUCCACACCCACAUCGUUAGCACCAACAACUUCAGUGAGACCUCGGCCUUCAUGCCUGUUCUGAAGGUGGUGCUCACACAAGCCAACCGACUGGGGGUCUGAGAAAAAAAGGGGGCUCCCGAUCACCUGACCCGGUCUAGAACAGGACCGGAGACCAAUCAGACGCUUGAGAUGAUGUCAUAGAGAUAACAGGGAAGUAUGGAGUUUUUGGAGCCUGUGGAUGUAGAUGCGGGUGUGAUAGCCAGAUCUUUGUGUCACUGAGGUUUCCGUGUGGUUACCGAUAUGUUUCCUUAAGAACGAAGGGAUUGAUCCAGUAACUGUUUUUGUGUUUUUCCUCCCUCCUCGUGUCAGUAUAGCAUGGUCAGUCCUCCCUCAUCCCAGACACCAGACAUCAGUACCACCACAGUAACAUAGGACCAACCUCUUGCCAGUCUUAUUUUUUAUCUUCACACAACACGACUCAUCACAAUCUUAAGGUCAUGUCUUGUUCUUUUUAUCAGUUAGAUGUAAUUUUUUUAAUUGUAAUCAUGCUAUUCAUACAGAGCAGAGUGCAAUGGGGAUCGACCUCUUCUCAAGCAAAGAAACUUGUAUGAAAAGGAAUGCACGCUUCAAAUAGCCUUGGAAUCAUUGUCAAAUUGUUCAGUUGGAUUAGCAUUAAAAUCCAGAGAGAGAGUGGCUUGAGUCUGCAAUCUGCAAUCCAACAGUCCUCACAGUCUCUGUUAUGUUUAAACAAGACAAACACUUUUUUUGUUUAAGACCAACAACAUGCAAUAUUUUCAAUAAAUAGUAUUUAUUUAAAAUGUG